UCAGAAUCGAUAGAAAGGCUUUUUUUUUUUUUUGUCUAAGGAUUCCCUGGCAGGUCAGGGAUGGAUGGAGUUGGUGUGCAGCAUGGAAGGCAAAGGGUGAUAUAGAAUUUUUCUUCCCACAGAGGUUAAGCUGAAGCUUUGCCUCUGAGCAAUGUCACAACAAUUGGGAUGUGAUUUGAAUGCAACCCAUGACAGGGAGCUUGUGACACAAUGCUGUCUUCUUAUGGCAUUUCAGAGUCCGUGAUGUCACACUGGAGCAUCUAUGGCAACCUUGGCCAAAGGGGAGGGGUGAUGCAAAAGCCAAGCCCAGAGUUUUGUCUUUUUGUUUGGGAUCUAAGAAGAGAGAGCAGCUGUGCAAAGAUGAGCAGCUUAGAAGUCGUUACAUUCCCCGUGGUCGUUGCCAAUUCCAGGCAGAGACUCAACUUGGGAAAGAAUAAAUCCCGCACAGGAGAAUUCACUUUUCGAGGCAAAAUAGAAUUGGCCAGGAGCAAGGUAGAUAAUAGUUCUCCAGAUGCACAGAUUCAUCAUUAUUUCAAGGUCUCUAGGAUACAGGAUGCCCAGCGGAGGAUUGGGCAGCUUGAACAAGAAAAUAAAUCCUUGUCUAAACGUCUAGCUAAUAUAUACCACGGUUCAGGUAUGGUUGAUUGCUGGAACGAGUACCAACAAAAGAGUGUGUUCCGACAGAAGCAGAAUAUAGAACUUGUAAGGAUUACUCUGGAGAACCAGGCAAUUCUUAAAAGACUUCGAGACAGAAAGGCAACCUAUGACAGGAAGCAAUGCGAAAAGGAUUGGCAGAAUUCCAGGAAUUAUGUGAGAAACACUUCUCGUUUUCCAGUAUCAAAUCAAGACCAAAAGAACCUUAGGAACCGUCACUGAGGAACCCUUGGGAGAGCUUGGACACCAGCAGUCAAACCCAGGAAACUAGACAAUGUGAGGAAUAACAAGCCGCUUAGGAUUACUCAAAAUACACCGUCUAGCUGAUAGUAAUGUCAACACUAGCUAUGAUCUUCAUUAAGGUUUUAAAAUAAAACAAGUGGCGAUGAAAAGGCACAUCAUGAAAUGUUUGCAAGUAUUAAGAUGCAUUCCAUACACAUACAUCACACACAGGAUGUGUGUUCACAUUUGCAGAAGCCAACAUGGAAGCUAUGGAAAGCUCAAUUUUCAGCCAUGGACUCUCAUCAGGAAAAUUGCAAGUAAAUAACCAACAAGUCCACUGCAAGAUAUUUCCCACUAUAUGAUUUUGAAAUAUGCUGCUUUUUUCAGGAUGUUCAGCAAGAUAUAAAUUCUUUAUGGUUUUUCUGAGGGGCUUUUAACCUUCUGAGGCUGAGCACAUAAUUACUCUUUUCAACCCACUUCCAACAAUAGUAGUAGUAAGCACUCCUACCUACGUGGCCUACUUACCUGCACAUUUACACCAGUUUUGUUUUUUUAGAGAUGGAACUAGGAUGCAAGUCCAAAGAAUUACAGCCAGAAGAGGCAGAGGUUCCUCCACACAUAUGUACAAGAGCAGAAAAUGAUUUGUGGAAGUAGUAAAUUGCCCGUCAAUACCAUAGGCAAUUCAAGCUAACCCCAUUUAUAGCACUUUUCUUUUAGAAUAUAUUUUACAGUAUUGGCAUUAGCAGAUUGCUGGAUAUAUGUAUUGCUGCAGAUACUUAUUUCCUAAAUAUGUAAAUAUCUAAUUAUUAAGAAUCCAAAGUUACUUAGCUACCUUGUAUAGCUGGGACAUCUAGUCUUAAUGCCCAGAUCAGGAAAAAAGGAAAACAAGGGAAAGGGGGCACGUGAGGGAGGGGCAAACAUUUUUAAAGAAAUAUUGGCUUGGAUUUGACUUGCAUAAUGCAUGCUAUGUAUGUAGGUACAUUGGUAUGAACAGAUAGAGAUGGAGGUCCAAGUAAGGUGACUAAAAUGAAAAGGAGAAAAAGGUGAAAAUUCACCACUUUCAAAUGGCUACAGCUGCUGUUGCUACUGCUACUACUACAUUUGUGUUGAAAGAAUUAGGUGGUGACUAAUGAGAGUUUUAAAAGAUGUUUGGAGAGUGCUAAAUCACAGAAGACUGGUGUAGGUCUUGUUGAUUUCCACAGAUUGAAUUAAAGCAAAGUUAACUACUGUACAAUCAUUUAACCACACAUAUUCCAUGACUUCAGUUUUCUGAUAUAAAUUCCCCCAAACUUUUUUCCUCUCUAUGUCAGCCUAAAACUUAGAAUUGAAAGGGGGGUACCUAAAGUAGGAAGGAAUUCACAUUUGUCUACCAGAAAGCUAGAUUUUUGUGUUUUAAAUAUAUAUAAUUGAAAAUAGCCUGCAUGUUGGAAUAGGGUGCAGGAUUUUUUUCAUUGUAAAUCCUUUCUGUGAGAUUGGCAGUAUUCUCCAGUAGCUGCUUUUUUGUUUCAAACAGAUAUUUUCCA